AUGGAAUCUACAUUUAAAAAUCCGAAGAACGUUAAGGAGGUCGAAGAAGGGAGAAAGACUCGGUCGACGGUACGACAGAGUCUUGCUGACGAUUUGGUGGCGAGGUCGCCUCAGGUGGUGCUUGAGCGCAUCGCCUCGCACCAGGAGAAGGAGAAGGAGCCGUCGUGUAACUCACGCGACAGCUCCGCGGGCAGGUCCGACCGAAAGCGUCCCAGGCGGGAUGCUUCGGAGGACAGAAUGUCUGUGGGGGCGUACGCCGCUUCAGACUGUGAGAGCGAGGCGUCCAUUGCCUCGUCAACACGGUCCCGCGGUAACGUCACCCACGGGCGAUAUGUCGGCCUGCACAGGCAACGAGAGGCGUAUCGGAGGCUCGCCGCGGAGUCGGCGCAGUCGUCCGAUACGCUCGAAGACAAGGCGGAGGAGGAACGGCAGAGGAGGGAUGCCAGGGCGGCGGUCCGGGACCUGAUGAGUUCCGGACUGCAGCCGCUCGACCCCUCAUCUGCCAAGGCCAAAAUUGAGGGCAGCCUGAUGGCGAUCUUGGAGGUGGCGCGCACCUCCAAGAAUAUAAAGGGCUGCCUGAUAAAGCGGCUGAAGGAUGCGGUGGAGGAGAUUCAGGGCGGAGUUCGCGCCCUGACAGGUCCCACCGCACAGAAACUGAUGGCGGAGAACGCUCGCCUCAGUAAGGAAGUCGAAGAGCUGCGGGACCAAAUGAAGUCGGUCCAGAGGCAGACAGCCCCGGCAGCCCUCGACUUUGAGGCGAUGCAGCGUGCCAUCAUGGUGUCCGUAGGGACCAUGAUGGACGCCAAACUGGCGGGAAUCAACAACAGACUCCCGCCAGAGCCGAUCCUACGUCCGCCUCUAGCGGCGGAUAGGAGACGCGCAGAGGCGGAGGCGUCGGGCCGUGGUCCCAAGCCCGCCUACAGCCAGGUGCUGAGGGCGGCCCCGGCCCCAAAGCCGGCGCCGAAGACAGCACCAAGGUCGGCGCCGACACCGGUGCCGAAACCGGCGCCGAGACUGGCGCCAAAGCCGACCCCAACGCCGGAUCCAAAAACGGCGAAGGGGAAGGCUAAGACGGUCGCGCAACCGGCGCCAGCUCUGGUACCGGCGCCGGAAGAGGCGCCGGUUGCGAGCACUUCAGAGACUGUGGUCGACGGGUGGACCACAGUCUCGAAGAAGAAGAAAGGGCCGAAGCCGAAGGCGCCGGAGCGCCCCAAGGCACAGCCCGAGAGGAGGGCGAGAGCCCCUCCUCAAAAGAAGAAGGGGGGACCGAAGGCCGUCUCGGGAAGGCAGCGUCGCAAGCGGGCGCAGCGACAGAGACGCCUUGCCCGCACUGCCGCUGUGGUGUUAACCAUAACGCCAGAGGCGGAAAAGGAAGGCCUCACCUACGCCACGGUGCUAACCAAGGCGAGGGCUGGGGUCGACCUUAAUGCAAUGGGGGUCGACAUGGCGGUGGACCCCAUCCGCAUAAGGAAGGCGCAGACCGGGGCUCGGGUGCUUCAGCUCCCGAAGAAUGUCGGUCAGGAGGCGGCUGACGAGAUGGCCAAAAAACUAGAGGCCAUCUACGGCGGUGACGUCCGGGUCACCAGACCCGUCAGGUGUGCGGAGCUCCGGGUGUCAAACCUGGAUGACUCCGUCACCAGAGAGGAGAUCCUCGACGUCGCCGCGCGUCAAAGUCAGUGCGCGCCUGAUCGUUUCAAAGUGGGAGACCUGAGGCCUAGCCCCGGUCAGAAAUUCAGUGCGGUGCUGAAAUGCCCACUGGAGGCGGUACCGCGGCUCGUAACCACCAGGACACAGAAGUUCCUGGUGGGAUGGAGCUCGGCGACGGUCGUGCAGCUGGAGGCACGACCACUAAAGUGCUACCGCUGCCUAGCACUCGGCCACACAAGGCCGGUGUGCAUGUGCCCUGCGGACCGCAGCGGGUUAUGUUACCGCUGCGCGAUGCCCGGGCACAAGGCAGCGGUGUGCAAAGAGCCGGCCAGGUGCGCGAUAUGCGCCGAGCUCGGUCGCGGUGCCGCCCACCAGAUGGGCAGCCGGGGAUGUGCUCCCCCGGCACUAAUUAAGAAGCAAAUGGCCGCAUUGGGGAAAGGAAACCUGAACCACUGCGCCGGCGCACAGGAUCUGUUUCUCCAGUCGCUGGCGCAGUGGGGCAUCGAUAUCGCAGUGGCGGCGGAGCCAUAUUAUGUUGCCUCUCGCCCCAAUUGGGCGGGGGACCUCGACGGCUCCGUCGCCAUCAUAAGCGCCUUGGGCGCGGACUCCCGGCCCCUGCACACCAUCCGCAGGGGUUCGGGAUAUGUCGUCGUUGUUUGGGGGCCGUACGCAGUCGUGGGGGCCUACUUCUCGCCGAACAGGGGUCUGGCUGAGUUCGAGUCGUUUUUGGCCGAGCUCGAGGCCCUUGUUCGGACGCUGUCGCCUCGCCCGGUCAUCUUGCUCGGUGACCUCAACGCUAAGAGCACGGCGUGGGGGGAACCGGCAACCGACCGGCGCGGGGAACUUUUGGAGGAGUGGGCCCUUGGAUUGGACCUUGCCCUGCUGAAUAGGGGCAGGGUCUACACCUGCGUACGGCAGAACGGAGGGUCCAUCGUC